AUUAAACAUCUGGAAAAAACUCAUCUUAUCUGUAUCAAAACUAAUAUUCAACAAUAAUUAUAGUGCAUUUGAUGAAGAUACAAACAAUUACUUUGCUCCUGCUUCAGCUUUUACUUUUAUGAAUAAUUUAAAUUCUAAUCAGCAUAUGAAUAAUAAUCGAAGACAAAACCCUUACAGAUAUCAAAAUAGGCAUAUGGGUAUGAUGCCAUUUGGAAUAGGUCCAAUGAAUCCAUUCAAUGUAUUUAAUCAAAUGGAAGCACUUUUCAAUAUGCCAAAUGACAUUCAAUGUAUGAUGCAAAAUAUGAGUAACAUACCUACUAAUCAAGGAUUUUCUCACUCUUCCGUUAUGACUUUUUCUAGUAACGGAAACUCACAACCAUAUGUAUACCAGGAGUCUCAAUCCACUCGCAUUGGGCCUGGAGGCGUAAAGGAAGUACGUAAAACAAUUAAGGAUUCAAAGACUGGUAGAGAAAAAGUAUUAGUAGGUCACCACAUCGGGGAAAGAGCUCACGUUAUUCAAAAAAAUAAAAAUAUAAAUACGGGUGAAGAGGAAGAAGAAGAGGAGUUUAUUAAUAUCGAUGAAGCUGAAGCGAUUGGAUUUAAUCAAGAAUGGGCCAAAAAAACUAAAAAUCCUACUAAAAUUAAUUUGAUCGAUAAUACCUCACCACAAUUAGCUCUGACUUAUAACUCCAACUCAGCAUCCACUUCUCAUCCAACCCAAAAUCAAAAGCCAGUGAAUAAUGGUGGGCGAUCUAAAAGACAUCGUCAAAAUCAAUAAAUUAUCUUAAAUUUGAUUAUUGCUAUUUAUAAAAAUUUAAAAAUAUAAUGUUUAUUUUAAAUAUUGAUUAAUCUAUAAAUUUAUGUUAAAUUUAAUAAUUAUCAUAAUUGUAACCUUGAUUAUAAAGUUAAUAUAUAUCUAAACAGCC